GGCCGGGGCCGGGGCCGGGAGCGGGAGCUGCAUGUGUCGCUUCUGUGGCCGGAGGCAGCGGGGACUGUGCGGGCGCACGGGUUUGUGAGAUGGCUACAGACUUUCCUGAGUCCACUGCCCCUGACUGCAAAGGAGACCUAAAAAGCAACACCAAGCUAGACGCGGAUUACCCUCUUCGGGUCCUUUACUGUGGAGUCUGUUCAUUACCAACAGAGUACUGUGAAUAUAUGCCUGAUGUUGCUAAAUGUAGACAGUGGUUAGAGAAGAAUUUUCCAAAUGAGUUUGCAAAACUCACUGUAGAAAAUUCACCUAAACAAGAACCUGGAAUUGGGGAAGGCCCAGGAACAGCAGGAGAAGAGGAAGAGAAGAAAAAGCAAAAAAGAGGUGGAAGGGGUCAAAUAAAACAAAAAAAGAAGACAGUUCCGCAAAAGGUUACAAUAGCCAAAAUUCCUAGAGCAAAGAAGAAAUAUGUAACAAGAGUGUGUGGCCUUGCAACUUUUGAGAUUGACCUUAAGGAAGCACAAAGGUUUUUUGCUCAGAAAUUCUCCUGUGGUGCCUCAGUUACAGGGGAGGAUGAAAUCAUCAUUCAGGGAGACUUUACAGAUGACAUCAUUGAUGUGAUUCAGGAGAAGUGGCCAGAGGUGGAUGAUGACAGCAUCGAGGAUCUUGGAGAAGUAAAGAAGUGAUUUUAAAAAUUUGUCUGUAUUUAAUGACCUGAAGUUAUAGUUGAUGUAGCCAAAGGGAGGGAGGCCUUUAAAAAUAUAUAUAUUUAUCCUACAGUAAAACUGUAGACUACCCUUAUCCUUGGCAUUUCACUGUUCUGUACAAGGCUGCUUGUGUUUUUUCUUUUGUUUUAUUUUUUAAAUUGCCAAAGUCCAAUAAACUGGGGAAAUCCAUCAUGCUUAUGCAUGAAAUAGAGAUUUAGUUAAAUAAAAAAUUUUGGUCAUAUGGUACUGACUUUUUUUUUUGUCCUCAGCACACUCUAGACUUUUUGUGGGGAGCAUUUUAAUUCAGCUGUUGCUAUUUCAAUUCACUGUACAAUUUUUAAAAAGAAUUUGGAUGUCUUACUACCAAAGCCAGGCUCUUUGCUUCACCCUUAAGUCUCCAGUGUGUUAGCCUUCAGUGGGGCAGAAGGCAGCUUGUAGAUUUGUUGUGGACUUUACUAUUUGAUUACCAACAGAAAUCCAUUUCGUACAUUUAUUAAAAUGCUCAUUUUUGACUAUCGGGCCACUGAGGUUGAAAAUUCUUCCCAAGAUCUGCAAAUACAGUGAGAAUGAGAUUGUCCCAAAACUCUAAUGACUGUUUAUACUUAAAUCAAAAAUAUCAGUCUAGGAAAGAGCAUUUGCAGUAACUGUUUUUUUCCAAAAGGAAACUAUUAGUGAUAAAUUCAAACAAAUUUAUACUGUUUUUAUAAAAGCCCUAAGCCAGGCAUUGUAAACUGGAAAAAAGAAAAUGUUGUCUUUUAGGAUGCUAUUAAAUUUGGCAACUGUGAAAAAAAUGCUGAUUCUAUUUUUUUCUCCCCAUACAAAUUGAAAUCUUGAAUGUACUGGCCUUUUUAUAAUUAAGAUCUUGAAAGUAAUAUAUAGUAAGGAUGUAAAUUAAGAAAGUAGACUUCUAUUAAAAGUAUGCAUUUUACUAAACAGAUAUCCAAUUAACAGCUGUCUAAAGCAAACAUUCAGGAGAGACCCAUUCAGCAUGUGUGGUGUUAUGUAUUCUCUUGGUGCUGAAAGAUGGCUCUGUGUGUGGCUGUGUCAACUUGUGAACUUUGUGUCAAGAUACUCAGUGUUCAGGGUCCCUGGGAAAUGCGUUUUCAGUUCUUAAUUUGGCCAGCAAUGGAUGUCUCUGCAGGAAAAUGUAGGAUUAAAAUGAUCCUUGCCUAUACUAUUUGUGUACUUUUUUGAGUUUGUGACAUAUUAAAAUGGAAAUUUGAUUAACCUUU